CCUGAGACUUCCCACUAAAGGGAAGCUGCCACAGAAGGAUGGGGAGACUUCCCUCCUAACCGGCCAGGCCACCCCCAGAAAGCCGUCUCCUUGCUUCCCAAAUUACUGUGGAUCAAACAAAGUCCAUUUGCCAAAUUGAUUCCUGGCCUGGCUUUUUUUUCCUUUAGUUUCCUUGUCCUUUUCCAGUUAUUAUUCUUGCUAUUUGGUUAUAGUCCUGAAUUGUCAAGAAUCCAGAAUGAAAUAUGGCAGCUCUGACAAAGGAGAGCGGAUCUGUAUUUCUUUCCCCCCAUCUCUGAUAAUUCUUAUUUGAAACUUGACUCUCUGUGACACGGUUGCUCUUGAGACAAGAAUCUGUGAAAUAUCAUCGUUCCUUUGAUCUUUCUGUCUUGAGCUCCAGCUUUGACCAGCCCUUCCCUCCGCCCACAGAUGACUUAACCACCUCAUGAUGUGUUCUUCAACCCAUGGCCGAAGCAGUCCUUAUGCCACAGAAGUAAUGAAGAUAAAGAAGGGGGAGCUGGCAGCAGGCAUUAAGGAUUCAGACGUUCUCAUCAAGAGACUUGUGGACUAUGGGAUUUUCACACCCGAACAAAAGUUGGCUGUGUCCUACUACAAGACACACCUCGAAAAAGUGACCCGGGUCUUGGACAUGCUGAUUUCCCAAGGGGAGCAUGCUUGCCGGAUGUUUUUUUACCCAUGUCUGAAACAACUAGAGCCUGACUUGUAUCAUGUCAUAAGGAAAUAUACCAUGGGCGCAGAAGAGAUCAUCCAAGGGGCUGGAGGGCAGGUAGUGGGUCACUUGCUGGAUAGGGACAAAGAUAGCCUGGAAAAAUCUGCCGAGCAAGGCUACAAAAAGCAGAGUACAGGGGUCCAGGAAGCUUCAGUCAAGCCAAAGACAGCUUCUUAUGUGGCUGCUAAAAUGAGACAAUACCCACCAACUCAGACUCCUGGGAACAGUCCAGCUCCUCCCACCUAUCUCCUGACUGCAUCAGGUAAGGGAGAUGUAGCUGAUAUAGAGAAUGUCCUAGAAGACAAGCAUAUCAAUGAAGUGGUGUUCCCAAGAGAAAGUCCAUUGGGUGUGGCAAUGGCCGAUGACCCGGCUGAAAUCCUCAAUUACCCAAUGACUAAAGGCUCUAGGGCAGAAGGAAAGGAUGGGAAAGAGAAGUCUCUUUUGCAAAGAGCUGCUGAAAGGGCUCGUGGGGAUGCAGGGAAAGUUCUCCAAGGAGUGAUAUAUCUUAGCAACAAUAUCUUAGAAAGAGAUGCCAAGAUCCCCCUGGGUUUCAGUUUACAAGGUGGCCAGAGCUCCCUUAUGAGACCAAUGCUGGAAGAAAACAUUGGGAACCCUUAUCAUUUCCAGUACAGGUCAGCUUUCCAAGAAGAGAGACAAAGGGUGCAGGUGUUCCCAGAAAAUGAUGAUCUCUUGGAUGCCAGGGAUCACAAGGAAGACCCAGCUUCAGACUCCCCUGAGAUAAAGAGUUUGGAUGAAGCCAUAAAGAUAUUGUUAACAGCUGGGGUUAAUGCAGACUCUGGCAUUCUCCGUAAUGCAUUUCACCAUGAUGACCAAGAUGUUAUUCAGCUGUUGCUAAAAUAUUCAGCAAGCCUACCCUCUGAAACCAAGGAGCAGGCUCUUUUCGAAGGUGUUCGGAAGAAUCUUCCUGAAGUUGUGGCAGCCUUAGCAGAUGGAGGGGUUGAUCUAAAUGUGCAGAACGAUAACCACUACACACCCUUACUCUUGGCAGCUGAGAAGGAUAGGACCACGUGUGCUAAAGUACUUAUUCAAAAGGGGGCUGAUACGGAUGCCAAGACUGCCUAUUUGGAGUCCCCUCUGCACCUGGCAGUUAAGGCAGGCGCCAUUUAUACUGCGGAGCUCCUGUUGGACAGUGGCAUGAAUCCUAACAUCCCAGGGUGGAAUGGCCAGACCCCCCUCCAUGUUGCGGCCUGGCACAAUAAACAUGAGAUGGUUGGCUUGCUGAUCCAUGCAGGGGCCCAGAUCAAUACCCUCACCACCGAGCAGACUGCCCCUCUGCACAUCGCCUGCGAAAGGGGGAACCUGGACACCGCUGCCCAGCUGAUCCAGCAUGAAGCAGCUGUGAAUGUGAAAAAUAAGCUGUCCAUGACUCCCUUACACCUGGCUGCCCGGGCAGGUGACAAGACCAUGGUGGAGCUACUGCUCCAUUCUAACGCUGACCCCAACAUGCCUGACAAAGAAAAGAAGACCCCCCUUCACUGGGCAACGUCUGGGGGUUAUCUUGAUGUGGUGAAAUCGAUGCUGAUCCACAAGGUCAGGUUUGGAGUUAAAGACAUGGAUGGCUUUUCUCCCCUACAUUACGCAGCCCUCAAGGGCAAUGCAGAGAUGGUGAAAGUCUUCCUCGAGGCGGGUAAAUACAAAAACAUCAAUGAGCGAAACAUCUACCGAAAGACCCCCCUGCAUCUGGCGGCCGAACAGGGCCAUGGGGACUUGAUCAAACUGCUGAUAAGUUGCGGGGCUGCCGUGAAUGCCUUGGACAACAACAGAGACACCCCAUUACACUGUGCUUGCAAAACUGGGCACUGGAGCUCCGUCAUUUCCCUGAUAAGCUGCGCUCAGGGGGAGAAACCUGACCUACAGGCCGCCAACAGCCUUGGGAAGACGCCUCUGCAGGUGGCUGAGGGCUCGGUGACGGAGAGCCAAGAGCAGAUUGUAACCCUGUUGAAAAAAAAAAUGUUCUUGACAAGAUAAAUGCCUGAGGAAAAUGGAGGAGAUUCAUUUAGUUAUUCUGGAGGCAUAUCUAUAAUUCUAAUAAAAAGGAUACUUCAAUAUUUCAAGGAUGUGUGGUUCCAUUAUUUCAGGAAUCUUCCCCACCAAUGGCCAUCCUAAUAACUAUAACAGCCAAAAUCAAUAUUGUACUUUGUGUACCCAACAAUUUAUGAAGAUCCUUUAUUAAAACUUAAGAGUG